AUGCAGUACGUACGUUUGGCAGGUUUCCUCCUGCCCGCUGUGGCCCUUGCCCAGACUUACACGGACUGUAACCCAACUGAAAACUCCACCUGCCCCUCGGAUGUUGGUUUGAACCAAUCGACCUACUCGGUCAACUUCACCUCCGGUGAGAGCUCUGACUGGGUCAUGACCUAUGGCGAUGCCAGCUACGACGACAAUGGUCUUUCUUUCACCAUUACCGAGUCUGGUGACGCCCCUACGAUGCAGUCCGAGUUCUACGUCUUCUUCGGCACCAUCUCCGCCGUUGUCAAGGCCUCCCCCGGAACUGGUAUUGUCAGCUGUGUGAUCCUGGAGUCGGAUGACCUCGACGAGAUUGACUGGGAGUGGCUCGGCGGCGACAUUGACGAGGUCCAGACCAACUACUUUGGCAAGGGCAACACCACCUCGUACGACCGCGGCACCUACGAGACCGUCGGCGACUCUCAGGACAACUGGCACAACUACACCAUCGAGUGGACCUCGGCCUACACCACCUGGUGGAUCGACGGCGAGGCCGUCCGCACCCUAGAGUACGCCGAUGCCGUCGACGGCAAGAACUACCCCCAGACUCCCAUGCGCAUCAAGCUCGGCUCCUGGUCCGCCAGCGACAGCGGCAGCGAGGGCACCAUUGAGUGGGCCGGCGGCGAGACCGACUACGACGACGGCCCCUUCACCAUGUACGUCCAGUCCAUUGACAUUGUCAACUACAACCCGGCCUCGACCUACACCUACGGCGACUUGACCGGCGACUGGACCAGCAUCGUCCUCGACUCGCCCGACGCCGUCAUUGUCAACGAGACCGAGAGCAGCAGCAUCAGCAGCACCUCCAGCACCGGCUCCUCCACCUCGUCCAACUCUUCCAGCUCUGGCUCCUCCAGCUCUGGCACUUCUUCGUCCUCGAGCUCCUCUGCUUCCGGCACCACUGCCACCUCUGCCGGCGUUGCCCAGUCUGCCCCCGUUGCUGGCCUUCUCCUGGCCGCCAUCUCCGCCUUCUUCCUGUAA